UACAAACAGAUCCGAAUCAAAACACUAUGUAAGGAAGGGGAAAUGUGAAUGAUUCCACUCUCGUGGCCAUUAUGACUCCGACCUUGAUCAUUGCGGUUAGCCUACUGGGAACAGUUCUCACGGCUUCUCUUUUCGCUUUGUUGUUGCUUAUUUGUACCAAACGGCGUUGCAGGAAAGCUGAAUUUUCACAACAGCAAUAUCAGAAGCAGGAUGCAGAGCUGGUGCAGGCGGCAUGGAACACAUCUCAUACUGAACUGGGUUUGGAUGGGUUUUCUCCACAAGAUGACCUGCCAGAAAUGUUCCUGGAUCCAGAUUGGAGUGGCGAUGCUGAACACCUGAUAUCACACUGCAUUGACUUGCUGAAGUCCUGUCAUGUACUAACAGAACAGCUUGUUGCCCACACAUUGGAGAGCAGUGGAACAAUCAAGUCACCAACAGAAAUGAAUAAAAUUGUGACUGCAGCAAAGGAAAUUAGGCCAAGAGUGGAUGAGCUGGUCAAAGCAAUGUACAUACCUUCAGACUCCAAGCAAAUUGAAGAGAAGUCAACAGCUCUCUACAAAUCUGUCUGCCAGUUGCUUCAGGUUGUUAGAGGUGCCUCUAACAGACCAGAUGCACUUGCUUGGGCUGGUGAAAUUAUUGUUGCCAUAGAGAAACACAUGGAAGCAAUGCAGUCAGAAUGUCAGUCAGUGUGUUCAUCUUGCUCAUCUAUACAGAGCACAGCCAGCUCAGUGUCCUGCCUUUGCCAACAGUCAGUGGUAAUGGUCACAAACCAAGCCUACUGCUGCCCAGGGAACACGGCUGUGUAUUAACUAUCCCAGGGUUUGAUGCAGGCCGCAAACCUAUAGCAUUCAGAACAGAUAACCAGUAGGCCAUUUUACAGUUGUGUACUUAGUUGCCAAGCCUGUGAUUUGGAGUAAGGCUGAAGGUGACCUGGAUGUGAUAGAGGCCAGUAUCUAGUUUGCAUAAUAACAAUUAAAGUAAUUUACAUUUGAAAAGCAGCAAGGUUUGUAUCAUCACCCUUAGUUUCACUUCUGUUCGCAGGCUUGGCAACCAAGCAUGCAGCUAUAAAAUGGACUAUUACAUGUAAUAUAAACUAAGGAAUAUUUUUUUUAAGUGGUUUUAAGCUGGUCCCACCUCUGUCAGUAAUAUUAGAGUUUUGUAAUUGCUGCCUUUACAUUUUUGAUUGAUCUGUCAUACUGUCACAUCUGCAUUUCCACUUCAACUUUUUGUUUCAUAUUGUGCUUAAAUGUUUGUUACAUGUAGAAAUGUGUGAAAGAAAAUUUCCAUAGUUGCUGAUAUAUUUUCCGAAGGGAAAGCAUCUAAUGACAAGAUUUGUUUGGUAUAGAAAAGUUUUAUCAUGCUUUAUGUCAUUGACAACUUGUUUUUCCAAACAAAUCGCAAAAAAUAAUAAUAAUCAUUGGAAUGAUAUUAUAAUGAUUAUUAAAAUAGAAGUAUAAUAAUUAUGAUGCAGUUACAUGUGUAGCAAAAAUAAGAUAAGUGGACGUUUUAGUACUCAGUCUGUUUCAGUCUGACUCCCUUCUUGUUUGCAAUAUGCUUUGGUACUUACAGUCUGUACAGCAAUCUUGUUUCACUGAAAACUCGAGGAAUGAAAUGACUUUGAGUGAUUUGACAACUUCUUGCCGGUGAACUAUCGUAAGGACCUGUAGCCCGAGACUUUGACCUUGCAAUGUGGAACACUUAGGUCGAUCAAUUUGCGAACCAUGGCUUCCAACGUGCCUCACGCACAGGCAACGGAAGAAGCUCAAGGACUCUAAGAAGAAACUGUGGAUUGUGUUAUGUUUUUCUUAACUGCUUGAUGAAAUAAUACGUACCUCUCGCUUGCCUUCGUCCAUGGUGGCACUAUAAUGGGGCUUUUGGGCAAAAAAACUUUCAGUGGGGUCUACGCUCUAUUAUGUCACGCAGACUUUAUUUUGGCUUGUAGCGCAAAAUUUUAUUUAACAUGAUCAGAUCCAUGAUCAGUGAUCUGAUCCGUGACCCGAUCCUUGAGCUGAUCCAUGAUCUGAUUCGUGAUUCAGUCCCAGAUCCGAUCCGUGAUCCGAUACAAUCUGUUCCGAUCCAGAUUUUGUCGACGCUAAAAUAUCAAGGUCAUUUUAGAACAGUUCAGAAAUCACUCUAAAAGGUCAUUUUAGCUUAUUUUAGCUUAUUUUAGGUCGUUGUAGACCAUUCUUGUUUUAGAAACUGACGGCUUUGACUUUUAUCUCUUUAAAUAAAGGUCAUAUUUAUUGCAA